AUGAUUAUUCCAGUUCGCUGCUUUUCCUGCGGGAAGGUUGUUGGGGAUUUAUGGGAACGGUACUUGAAGUUGAUUGAUGAGGGUAUUCCAGAUGGAGAUGCUAUGGACCAACUUGGAUGCAAACGAUACUGUUGUCGCCGCAUGAUCAUGACCCACGUCGACCUCAUUGAGAAACUCCUCAAAUACAAUCCCGCGGAACGAGACAUGAAGAAGCAAGCUCUCAACUAG